CAGAGAGCAACCGUCUGAGGCCCGGAGCGCUGUGGUAGAGGCUGACGGCCGCGGGGCUUUUCACGCAGUCCCGGGUGCUUGGAGAUUCUUGGGAAACCAAUAUGAGGCACAAUCAGAUGUGUUGUGAGACCCCACCUACUGUCACUAUUCAUGUAAAAGCAGGGCCAAGUAGAUCACAUCAACCCAAAAAACCCAUUAAUCUGAAGCGUCGUAUUUUUAAAGAUAGUUGGCAAGCAUCUGAAAAAAAUGCACAUAAUAACAACAAAUCUAAACGCCCCAAAGGUCCUUGCCUAGUUAUACGGCGUCAGGAAAUGACUGCUUUCUUUAAAUUAUUUGAUGACGAUUUAAUUCAAGAUUUCUUGUGGAUGGACUGCUGCUGUAAAAUUGCAGACAAGUAUCUUUUGGCUAUGACCUUUGUUUAUUUCAAGAGGGCUAAAUUUGCUAUAAAUGAACAUACCAGGAUAAAUUUCUUUAUUGCUUUGUACCUGGCUAACACAGUUGAAGAAGAUGAAGAGGAGUCCAAGUAUGAAAUUUUUCCCUGGGCUUUAGGGAAAAACUGGAGAAAAUUGUUCCCUAAUUUCUUAAAGUUAAGGGACCAGCUCUGGGAUAGAAUUGACUAUAGGGCUAUUGUAAGCAGGCGAUGCUGUGAGGAGGUUAUGGCCAUUGCACCAACCCAUUAUAUCUGGCAACGAGAACGUUCUGUGCAUCACAGUGGAGCUGUCAGAAACUACAACAGAGAUGAAGUUCAACUGCCCCGGGGACCUAGUGCCACGCCAGUAGAUUGUUCACUGUGUGGUAAAAAAGGAAGAUACGUUAGACUAGGAUUGUCUUCAACAUCAUCUUCAUCCAGUGAUACAGUCGAGAUGGAGAAACAUUCUCAGGAAUCACGUAACUCAUUAUCAAUGAAUAUAACAGCUGAUCCUUCUCAAGCAUAUAACUAUUCUCAAGCCAAUGACCAUCCAUCAAACAAAGGAAAUGAAACCAAUUUCAUGAAAGAAGACAAAUCCAUGCAAUGGUUUACAGGAAGUGAAGAAUGAGGUAGCUCAACUAAGGCAACUUGGAAUCACUAACUACAACAUGUCAAACUAAAUACAAGACAAGUGUCAAAAAGGGACAUUUAGAGCAGUUUUGCAG